AAAAGGGACAUGUGGUUCAAGUGAGCCCCUCAGUCAAGUUCAAGGAUGAGUCUAUAUGUUUUCUCGAUUAUGGUCGUUUUGUUGGCAGUAAUGGCUGUGGAGAUGGCCAGCUUGGAGAGUACUCAACUUGGGUUGCAGGUCCUGCAAACAUUGCACUGUCCACCCUGUGAGCACAUCCAUUGUUCCCCUCGUAGAGCACUCAAGCUCCAGUGCAAGGGUGGUAUCACUACAGGAAUUUGUGGUUGUUGCCCAGCCUGUGCCAAACUUGCUGGAGAAAGCUGUGGAGGAACAUGGGACUACCUGGGAAAGUGCGAUGACAGACUGGUGUGCAUUUACCAAGAAGGUGCCGAUGGAAAACCAGAGGCAGAACGCAAGGGAACCUGCAAAUCAGUGCUUGAGGUCAUCAAAACCAACUCUUGUCACUCUGAAUGCACAUGGGAAUUUUGUCAGGCUAACCCCAAUGAGAUAUGCUCAGCAAGGUCUGUGUCUAUGCAUAAACGUGAGUGUGGAGAUUACUGUCAGCACACAACCUGCUCCAGCUGUAUAAUUCUCAAACCUCCAUCUUGCCCUCAGUCAUGUGGCCCAACAGACCACAUCUGUCUGCAUCGCUAUGGACGGUGCGUGCGAAGUCACCUAGCCGGGGAAAAACAACCUUUAGUCUGCCACCAGAACCUACAGGUAAAUCUGUGUAGGGGCAACUCUGAGGGAUUAUUUUUGUGCUUGUCUCCUGCCUGUCCAACUACAGCAAACUAAUUCUGCAUUUGAAUAGGAACCCCAGUUAUAAAAUGUAGCACUAACGGCAGCUAUCUGUAUUAAAUCUUUGCAAUCAUUACUACUCACAAAUUGUUACUUUGUAGCAAAUUAAGCUUGAUAAUGACAUAUUAUUGAUUUAAAAUAAUUGUGAUUCAUAUUUUUACAAUAAAUAUAAUUAUUCAAUAUAUGAAUGCUUUGUAGCUUACAACUUUUGUGUAUUGUUAAAU